UUUCUUUCUUUUUUUUUUUUUUAAUAAGGCGCGUAAAGUGCACUCCGUAAAAGCGCACGGAAAUGACAGUCCCACUGUACGCUCGGCGCUGCAGCACACACACACACACACACACACUCGCUCUCUCUCUCACACACACACACACUCGCUCACUGGCGGGGAAAACACGGAAGGGGGGAGGCGGAAAGAGCGAGGGGGCAAAGACAUACCGAGUGAGCAGCCGAGACGCGUGUCUCAGCCUGUUGGCAGGAUGUCGUGGUCUCUGGACCUGCUCCCUCUGCCUCCCUGUGUGGAACUAGGUGGGCUUCCUCUGAGUGGCCUUCUGUGGACUCUGCUGCUGCUCUUUCUCUGGUAUUGCUACCGUGUCGGCGCUGACCCUCCAUCCUGCUCAGCUGGCGCGGCUCACUCCGCUGUAUCUCGCUCCUCCAGCUGCUCUUCGACUGAGCCUGGUCAUUCUGUCUCCAAACCUUCCCCUGCAAUCGCUGUGGAGAGCGGAGAGGAAGAAGAAACAAAGAGUUACCUGGUGCCGGUGUUGAGCCAUGCUCCAUUCCCUGCUCAAGCGGCAACAGGAAGCAGGAAGUUGUACACAUCACUGCAGGAGUAUGCCAAGCGUUACAGUUGGGCCGGCAUGGGCCGCAUCCACAAGGGCCUGCGCAUUCAGACAAGGAUGAAUGAUCGCUCCUCCAUUCAAAAGCCCCACCUCUUCUACCUUCCCGAUGUUCCCAGCAUCCCUUUCUACCCACGGGAUGCUCAUCGGCAUGACAUCGAGGUCCUGGAGGCCAGCUAUCCUAUUAUUCUUGCUGAAUUCCAGGCUGUUUACCAGAGAGGUAUUGACACAAAGCUGGGGUGGACGUACCAAGGACCUAAGGGUCAGACACUGUUCUCGCUCUACAAUGCUGGAGUGUGUGUGGCAAGUAACUGCCGUGCAUGUCCAUGUACGUACCGUAUCCUUCUCUCCCUAAGAACAUUCAUCAGUAGUAACUCCCUUGGCUCAGCAGGUUUCUGCCUUUUGGGGCCUGGGGCCACACUUGGAGGAACCUAUGGGCCCACCAACACACGCCUCCGGUGCCAUCUGGGUCUCCAGACUCCUGCACAGUGUGAACUGGUGGUAGGGGGUGAGCCGCAGUGCUGGUCUGAGGGACACUGCCUCCUAGUGGAUGACUCUUUUCUGCAUACUAUCUCCCAUAAUGGUGGCCCUGAAGAUGGCCAGAGGGUGAUUUUCAGUGUCGAUCUGUGGCACCCAAAUAUUGCCGCAGCAGAAAGACAGGCUUUAGACUACAUCUUCAGUCCUGAACAGUAAUCAACAACAUACCUCCAAGGUCACACACUGAUAUAUGCAGAAAUGGAGGCUAACUGCAUCUCAUUCCAUUUUAGCCACUCUAAGCUACGAAAACUUGACGUAUCUUUCCAUUACGAGAUACAUUGCCUCUACUGUAUGUAACGGCAUUGUAUUUUCCCCAAAAUGCCCUGAAAAAGAAAAAUUUUUCUUCCCUCUGAAUAGACCCAAGACCAAGCACACAUUUCUGUCCGAAUAAGCCUCUUUAUCCAACGCACUUACAAAACCUGUGAAGAUUAAACAAGCUCAGAUUUUCAAUAAUCUUCAUAUCUCUUUUUGCUUCGUGCCUGUCUUGAUAACUCCGAUUUCCUGUUGUAUCAUUUUGUGCCUGAUUUGUUAAUUUGAUCGUGACCUUUUUUCUGAUACAUAUAUAUAUAUAUAUAUAAACUGUGAUUCAAGCUAUUCUGUCAGUACUGUAUGUAUAAUAUAUUUAUGUCUAUACUGAAGACGGUGUUUUAUCAUAUGGAGUUUUAUUUUCAUGAUGAAUUUUAUUUUCAGACACAUUCUGUGAAGCACACAGUGAAAAACAAGUAUUUGAUCCGACUGCAUGCAUGUGUUGUGAAGCCUGACUGUACAGCCAGUGUGAUGAAUCGGAACCAUCUCCCUUGCAAGGCAAACAUGUAAUCAACUAAAGGUGUAUUCUUCAAAUAAAGAUUUUUUGCCAGAUCUAAAA